AUGCAAGACCUCAACGGCAAAGUUAUCGCCAUCACAGGUGCAGCAUCUGGAAUUGGUCUUGCAACUGCUCAACAACUGUUCUCAGUCGGAGCCAAGUUAUCCUUGUCUGAUAGAUCACCCAUUCCACUUGAGCAAGCCGCCCAAGCCCUUCUUAAAGCACACCCGAGCCGUGAUAGAGAAGGCAUCAUGAUAGCAGAGGUAGAUGUUACAUCUAGCGCCCAUGUUACUGCUUGGAUUGAAGGGACUGUGACAAGAUUCGGCAGACUCGACGGAGCAGUCAAUUCGGCAGGAAUAAGCGCCGUCCAGAUGGGCAAGGGCAAGAUUCGAGACCUCACCGAUGAUAGCUGGGCUUUAUGUAUGGGAAUUAAUGCUACGGGGGUAUUCUACUCCAUGCGAGCUGAGCUCAAUGCUAUGAUUCACGGUGGCAGUAUCGUCAAUGUGGCAAGUCUGGCUGGUCUAAUGGCGGUCCCCGGGGCUGCUGAAUACUCAGCUUCAAAGCAUGCGGUGGUUGGUCUUACAAAGACUGGAGCCAGAGAAGAGGGCCCAUCUGGUAUCAGGGUGAAUGCAGUCGCGCCUGGCACGAUAGACACUGCAAUGACACGAAGUGUUCCCGCCGAGUUUACAGCGUUUUUGAAGGAAAGGGUUGCGAAGCAGCCCAUCUCGAGACAGGGACGAGCUGAGGAAGUUGCGGCGUUGAUUUGUUUUCUUCUCAGUGGAAGUUCGGCUUUUAUAACUGGUCAGAUCAUUCGCAUUGAUGGAGGGUCCUCAGUGUAG